GCGAUGGCGGACGCAGCCAAGGCCACGUAUGAGGACAAGUACCUGGACCUGCGCGAAGAGAACUUGGCGCUAAAGCGCAAGAAGAAUGAACAGGAGGCGACGAUCAAGCGCAUGUACACCAAGCUCGCGAUGAUCGAGGAGACGCUCAAGCGCAAGGAGCGCGAAGCCGGCCCCGAAGCCACAUCGCCAACCAAAGCCCACGGGAAGCGCGACUUGGACACGGAGCGCUUUGUCGACGAGCUCAAGCGCGAGAACGCAGCGCUGCGCAAGAAGGCCCAGCUCUCGACCGAGGCGACGCGGCAGCUCAAGGGCCAGCUCACACUGCUCAAGACCAAGCACCCGGCGCGCACCAAGAAGGACGAGGUGUCGACGCCGACGGCGACUCGUAGCCAUGCGCAGGCCGCGCCCUUGGAGAGCUAUGCGCAUUUGGCCCGUGACAUGCACCUCGAGAGAAAGGCGAAUCGCAACGUGGAGCUCGAAGACGCGUUAAAAGCCCGAUUGGUGAUCGCCGAGCGCCGUUUGCUGCAACUGCAAACCGAAAACGAAGCGCUCAAGCGCGCCGCCGACGACCACGACGACGACGGCGACAACAACCUCAGUCAUCGAUCGCAUUUGGGCUCAUUAGAAGUCGAGCAGCUCCAGCGUGAGCUUCGCGAUCGGCAAGCGCAGCUCGUGAUUCUGAACGCUCGCUUUGACAACCUCGAGUCGAAAGCCGUGGCGGAGCGCGAGAUCCAGGAGAAAACGCUGGACCAAAUGGAGAGCUUCAAUCGCGUCAUUCACCGGCUUCGUGCCGAGCUCCAGGACGCACAGAUGGCCAAAGAAGAGCUCGAGAAACGGGCGGCCAAGACGAAGGACCUCAAAGACGAAGUCGCGAUGCUGCGAGAACAAAAUGCCAAGCUGGAAGAACGCAUGACGUCGCUCUGCGAGAGUCCGUUCAUUAACGACGCCUUUCAGCGUAAAGAACGCAUCGACAAGAUCAUCGACCUCGAGAAACAAAAUGCGAUGCUGAAGAAGGCCAACGAGACGCUUUUGGCCGACGCGGCCAAGCACGUGGCCGCGAUCCAAGAGCUCCAGAGCACUGUUCGGCUCACAAAGCAAGCAAAAGAAGCGCUUGAACAAGAGGUCCUUCGGCUCAAGAAAGAGCUCGACGAAGAGCGCAACCGGCAGCAGUUCCAGCGACACCAACCGACAACGAUUGUUGUCGAGGCGCCGCCGCAGGUCGCCGCUGCACCAGCCAAGCCUCUGCCCAAAGUCGCCAGUCCCAUCAAGGUGUCGGUUCAAACCGAGACCUUCGAGCUGCCGCCGCCGUUAUCGCUGCCGUCCAAGACAGAGGGCAUGCCGGUGACUGCACGUCGCAUGCUUGACGAUGCCGCCAGCAAGGAACUCUUUAGCCCAUUGCUGACCGACCGCGAGAGCAGCGUCCAUGUGCUCAAGCAAAAGGUGCACACGCUCCAGAUCGCCCACCUCUCGUCGACGCAGGAGCUCGAGCGCUGUGAGAAGAUGCUGCAAGCGCAAACAAGCAUCAACCGGGAGCUCAGCCUCGAGAUUGAGGACCUCGUCUCGCGGAAAGACGCCUCGCAUGGCGCGCUCCUCAAGAAGAUCUCGACGCUCGAGCUCUUGGCCGAGCAGCGCCUCAAGAAAAUCGCGGUGCUUGAAGCGCAGAUUCGACAACUCAAGUACCUCGCGACGCACCAAUCAAUAUCACGUCCAAACAACGAAGACAACUUGUCGUUGCCCGACAGCGACAUGAACGGGGGCGAUCACGACGGCGCAUGUGUCGUCGCAGGCGCCGACGAACUCGACCAAGGUGAAAACCUCUUGGAGAUUUGGGUCGUCUCGGCGCAUUUCGAGCCGAAAUACGUGCAUGGCACGAGCUGCACCUUUGUGCUUUGCGACUUUUACGACUUUGAGUCGCAAACGACAGCGCUCCUGACCGGCAGCGACCCCGUGUACAACUUUGCCACGUCCUACAAGAUUACGGCCGAUGCCUUUUUCCUGCGCUACCUCGCCUCGGACCAGCUUGCGCUUGAAGUCCACCAAGCGAUCCAAGGCGAUUUUCAGGUCGUCGGACGCACAGCACUGCCCUUGCGCCCGCUGCUCUCGAGUCGAGGCGUCUUGCGGGACACAAGUGUGUCAAUUCGCCAUACGUCGACGAACGCCAUCAUCGGCACCAUGAACCUCGUCUUGCGCAUGGCGAUCCCUGUCUCGGAAACGUGGCAGUUGCAUCUGCAGGCCCAUCCUGCGGACCGCGCCUUCUUGGGCGACACACCGAACCUCGAGAGCGCGCUCGAAUUGCACGACGCAGUGAGUCACCUUGGGCCGCUCAACGACCUCGAGAUUGCAAUCGUUGCGGGGCGCAAGCUCUAUACGGCGUCGGGGCGUCCACCGAGUGCGUACGUCCACUACCAGCUCCUCGGGUUUCCAGACGUCUUUACGGACAUUGCGUCACACACGGCGACGCCGUCGUUUGAACACAGCACGCACCGCUUCUCCGUCUCGGUCGAUUUGUGCCUCAAACAGUUCUUCAAGACCGUAUCGCUGGCACUGACCAUCUUUGACGACAACGAGGCCAAUGAUGCGAGUGCCGAGUCGAGUGGUGGCGUCCUCGGGACGUGCGAGGUGCCGCUCAAAGCGCUCGCCUCAGGCGACGCCAUCAGCGGGUGGUUCGAGGUCCUCGAUCCCCGCGGCGUUUCGGCGGGCGAGCUCCUCCUCACGCUGCAGUGGAAGCACCCGUUCCAAGUCCUCACGGAGCUUGGUGCAGCCCCGGUCCAUGCCAAUGCCCUGACGCUACGUGAUGUCCACGACCUCAUGGGUCAUUUUUCCUUCUUGCAAGACGGUCGCGUCUGCUACAAGUCAUUUCUGAUCUACGCCCACGCGAGUCUCUUUGUCUCGGCUGGCUUUCUCGAGGUGCUCCAAUGGUUUCACUCGGCGAUUCGGCACCUCAUGCACGAAGCCCACGCGCACGACGUGCCUCUUGAGAAGUUCUUGGCCCUCGAGCCCAAGCUCCUCACACCGGACGUCUUUGUACAGCGCUGCAAAGCUCGCAACCUGAUUGUGACACCCGACCACGUCCAGCUCUUGGCGUCCGUCUUGGUGAACCAAAAUGGCUUCUUCCACGCGUCCGAGCUCGCAUUGCACUUGGACCCGUCGCCGCUGUGCCAAGCGCGCUUUGUCGCCCAAAAGAUUCGCGACACGAUCCGCCUCUUUGAGCGCCAAGAGAAGCCGACUGCGCUGCUUCGGCCGUUCGAGCGCUACGACCCGACGCAGUGCUACUACGUGAGCCGCGCCGAGUUCAAGCGGGGGCUUGGCGUGCUCGGGUUUCACAUCUACGACCCGCAAGAAGUCGAGGCAUCGAACGAGCUACGCCUCGAGGCCUCGGUCAGUCUUAAGACACCGACACCCGCCGCGCCCGUACCGCCGAAUGGAAAGGAUGAUGAAGAAGAGCUGCAGCCAAAAGCCGCCAUCUCGAGCCGGACCAGAUCGCAUGUGGCGACGACAGAGUUUGAACAGCGAAAGGCGGCGUUCCAAGAACGCAUGAAGACGGCCGCGGCUGCGAGCCAGCAGUCGUUCGUGUUGGAUGCACCGACGCUGCCAUCAACGGACCUCGCGGCGCGGUCGAUCCAGCGCCAAUUUCGCCGGACACGGUAUCCUAGGCAGUUGGCACCUGCGGCUGAGGUGGUGGCGCCGAAGGACGCCGAGGCGACACCAUGCACGAUCGUUGACGUCGAAGUCUUUGUCAGUGGGCACAUGGAGAUGCACGAACACGUGACGAGCCAAUGGAUCCAGCUCUGUACGAGUCUCGACAACGCCCAUGCAGGCGUACUCUCGAAGAAGCAGAUGCUGCACGUCCUCAACCAGCCACCGGGCGUCUUGGCGCUCAAGCCCGAGCACGUCCAGCGCCUCCUGACGUACUUUACCACACCGGGGGCGCGCCGCAUUGCGUAUGCGCCGCUGAUCCACUUUUUGCGGACGUGUGCGAGCGCCGUGCAGCAGACGCCGCCGUUGCUCAAGCUCCUGCAGACGCUGCUUCUCGAGGACGCCGACUACGCUUUGUUUGUGGACGCCGAUAGCCGUAACUCGGGCGUGCUACCGUACGCCGCCUUUAGCGACCUCUUGCGCCACGUGUGCGUCGGACUCUCAAGCACGCAAGCCAAGCUCAUCAUGCAGCUCUUCGACGUGAGUGGGUUUGGCGUCGACUACCGCGCGUUCUUCCAGUAUAUACUCGCGCUGCCGCACAACGUUCAGCUUCAGAAGAUCAAGGCCCGCCUCCACCGCCUCAGUACGCCCGUGCUCCAAACCAUCAAGCUGGCGCUGGCCCAAGCCCGCCCGAAUGACACAUUUACAAAGCUGCAGCUGGCGACGUUAUGGAAGCAAGCCAACGUCGUCGAUCUCUCGUGGUCCGACCAAGCGCUCUUGUGGCAGUACGUCGACAAGCGCCAGGUCGGCAGCAUUGACGCGGGCACGCUCUGGGGGCUCUUCACCCGCCCGCCGCCCACGUCCCGACCCCACACGUUCGAGCUCUUGGAUCUGAGUACGCUGCAGCACCUCGCGUGGAACGCGCGGCGGCUUGUCGCACACGACGCGACGUUGCUGCUGCAAGCGUUUGCGCGCUACGACUGGCGCAAGCUCGGGUGCGUCGGGACGGACGAGUUUGCGGCCGUGCUUUUGCGCUCUGGGUUUGUCUUGCCGUCGCCCGCCGUGCAGAACGUGCUCAUACCCCACUUUUACACGCACGGCAAGGUCCAAUACCGCGCCUUCGUCGAGUGGAGCCACGUGCCGAACGUGAGUCUCCGAGGGAUCGAGGCGCGGCUGCAAGCGCUGGCCCAAGAGCGUGCACGCGCCGAGAACGUGCCUGUCUCGAGCGUCCUCGCGCAGUGGCUCUCGUCGUUCGCACCGCCCGUGUCGCGCACAGCGUUUGCGGCGACCGUGCUCGAGACGUUGGUACUUCCGCUCUCGACCGAAGAUGUCCGCGUGCUCCUCGAGGCACUGGACCCGGAUCUGGUCGAUGUCGUCGACCACACGCGCUUUGUGAAAAUGGACUCGGGCGCCCCCGCCGAGCCAGCGGCCGUAGACGUCCCCAUGCUUCUCUCGGUGCUGGGCUCGAUCGUGCAGACGCAACGCAGCAAAGUCGUCUCGACGUUCGAAGCCUACGACGGGACCGAUGCGGGCGUCGUCGAGCCCGACAUCUUUACGCUCUGCUGGCGCAAGCUCGGCGUUGACUUGAGCAGCGCCGAUGUCCAUGCGAUCUACGCCGCCCACGCCAAGGACAGACACUCGCUCGAGUACCGGAAGUUCUUCAAGCACGUGCUCCAGGCCCCCGAGACGGAGACAACUUUGCCACAGGAGACGCGGGAGAAGCACCACCGCCUCCUCGUCACAGCGCUUCAAGACGCUGCGUCGGCGGCGGAUCCAGCCCUCUGGCGCGACUGGAUCACCAACCUGAGCGACUACAUGGUCCAGAAAGGCAAAACGGACGUCCCGCCGAGCAAGGUACCCGCGGUGCUCGUAAAGACUCUGCCGUCCCCAAGUCUCAUCGAGCUCGAUCGGUUGCGGCCGCUGCUUCCUGCGCUUCUCAACGUCAAGACGGGGCGCGUGUCCUUGCAGGCAGUGCGGUCGCUCCUCGAGCACGUGGCUCGGCCCAUCGCCAAGACGUCGACGCCCGAGGCGCCAUCCGGGGAAGGACGUAGCACAGAGCUCCAGCGAAGCUUGCACGUGUUGACGCUCUUGCUUCAAAACAGCAUCGCGAGCGGCGUCGACUACCGUCGCGUCGUCGAGCAAUUUGAUGUCAAUUGGACGGGAACGAUUGCGCCGCUGGAUGUCAAGGCAGCCCUCCUUGAGCUCGGUCUCAAUAUGGUCCAACACGGGCCAGAGAGCGUCGGGUACCUCGUUCAGCACUUUCGGCAGUCCAAGAGCGAUUCGAACGAAAGUGGCGGCAUCAACUACCUGCAUUUGCUUCACGAAGCCCGGCAGGACGUCAACCCCGGAUGGCAGCUCGACGAAUCCCUCCGGCUUCGCAUUCGGCUCAAAGCGGCGCUGACGACCGAGCGUAUGACGCAGGACGCGUCGAUCUACGCAGCGAUCGCGCCGGCCUUUGCGCAUUUCGAUCGAGCCCAGCAAGGGUUCCUCACCCUCGAAGCGCUUGCACUUGGUUUGCACUCGCUGCACUACACUGUGUCAAUCGGAGACGUCCAAGGCCUCUUUGACGCCAUGUCGGUCUUCAAGACGACCAACGUCAUCUCGCGCGUUGAGUUUGACGCGUUCGUGCUGGACCCGUACCGGUCCGAGCUAUUGGUCAAAGUCGGUGGCCAGCUCUGGACGUCCCCGACACUGUUUGCUGCUGUCUCGCAACGCUUCGCGGCGAGCGAUCUGGGCACCGGUGCGUUGCCGCUGCAGACGUUCCGCGACGUCUUGGCCGAGCACGGCAUCGCCUUGUCUUCGUCCGAGGUGCGACGCCUCGGACACCUCUUUGACGUCAACCGCGAUCGCGCCAUCUCAUACAAGCUCUUUCUUCGGGCGAUGGCCCGACUUCGUCCCUCCACAACGAGCGAGAAGGCCGAAGACGAGGCGUCGACGGUCACGGUCGUGCUGCAGCAGCUUCGCAAGCACCCUCGGGACGCUGUCCUGUCGAUCUUUAGCUCGUUGGAUCCGGAUGCCCACGGCGUACUGCCGGUCGCUGAUGUCUUUAUCGCACUCAAGCACCUCGGUAUUGUGCUGACGCCGCCGCAGGUCCGCGAGCUCGUGCUGGCGUUUCCCGGUGGCGACCGCAGCAUCCAGUAUGUGGCCAUGCUCCAAGCCGCGCAGCAAGAGCCGGUCGCCCCGGUUACAAGUACAGACAACAACGACGCUGCGCGGCCGAUUGUGGACCAGCUCAAGGCCUUUCUUCGCGACGCGGCGGCCCACGGCGUGAGUCCCGCCGAAUGCUUUGCACACUUUGACACGAACGGGUCCGGUGACAUUGACACACUCGAGCUGCGCAAAGGCCUCGUGAAGCUCGAGUUUCCCCGCGUCACGGACGAUAUUGUCACCUGGAUCAUGGACACGUUUGGCGUCCACGGUGUGCUCGACUACCGACACUUUGUGUCGCACUUGGUCGGGCGCACGGCUGACGUGGUGCUAAGCGACCUGCAAGCAGCCUUCAAGAAGGCGCGCGUGCAUGCCAAAGACGUCCACCACCUCUUCCUGCGCUACGACGAGUCGUACGGCGGCCACGUGACGCUCGACCAGUUCCACGCAGUCCUUGCCGACUGCCGAGUGGAGAUCAACGACAGCGACCUCCGUGUCCUCGACGAAGCGCUCGCGGGGCAGUCGUCGACGAUCAACUACCGCACGGUUUUGGCGCGCCUUUUCGGCAAGUCCACCUCCACCUGAGGUACCGAUAGUCUAGCGUCGCAA